AUGGAAGAAAGAGUAAUAAUAGAAUGUUCAAAGCUGUAUCCUGCAUUAUGUUUUGAUAUGUAUGGUGGUCCAGGCUUUCAUAACGUAUAUGUAGGAUUAUUGGUUAUUAUUUCAGCAGUAUGGUUAGUUAAUAGAUUAUCAAAAAUAAUAGAGCUUUAUGAAAUGAUAAAAAUUAUACAAGAAGAGGGGAGAGUAAUAAAUAUUCCAUCACUGGGUCCAUAUUCAAAUGAUUUAAAAAAGUUGAUAAAGUCUCAUAUUUCUCAAAUAAUUAGAGAAAGAUGUUCAAUAUCUCCGACAACCGUUAAAAAAGUUCAAGUAAUGAGUAUAUUAGAGGAAUCAACAUUAAAGACAAGACUAAUACCUAAUUCUUCAUCUUCUUCAAGUCCAGAUGAAAGUUAUAGUUUAGAGAUAUCAUUUAAAAUUGAUAGUUUGGUUCCAUAUUCAGUACAGUUAUUUUGGGGAGUUGAUUAUUUGGAAACAAAGAAAUUGUUAAUAGAAGAAAAUAAAGAAGAAACUGAAAAGGAAUCAAAGGGUUCAUAUGUGGCUAAUAACAAAGAAUUAAGAAGGAUGGGAUUAGGAUCAAGUAUAGCAAUGUAUGAUCAGUUAAAGUAUAAAGAAAAAGUUGGUCUAAAUAGUCAAGAAGAUUCUAAGUUAGGAAACAAGACAAAAAUUGGUUUGGGAUAUAUAUCAGUCAAUGAAUAUAAUAGUUUAAAUAAGUCUAGGGCAUUGUUUGAAAAUAUGGUCGUAGAUAAUGAUGAAAAAGAAAGAGUUGAUUUAAAUAUACCAUUGGACUUUUCACCAAGUGAGUCAAUGAAGAGUAUAGCACAUUUAAAUCCAAUAUUAUAUACAACAGAAAUUCAAAAUAGAAGAGAUUUCUAUGAAAAUAAUCAUGAUAGGAAUUAUUUUGAUCAUCAUACAAAUAUAUCAAGUGGAGGAGUAUUAAUUAUAGGUUCAAGAAUUACAUGCAUAAUACAAAAAAUAAAGCAAAAAUUAAGAGAUAAUAUAGUUACAGACUUUAUUAGUGAUUCUUUAAACUAUUCUAGAUGGAACAGUUCAUUACUUGGUGAUAACGCACUAAUAUUAAGUAGGACAAUAAAAAGAGUAUUUGAAAGGGUAUUUUUUUAUAAUAUAGUAUUACCUACUAAUAAUCAUAAUUACAUCAAUAAUAAUAUGAAUCUUGGAGGUCUUAAUUUAACAAAAUCAUCAUUACUAUCUUCAGCAUCAGCCACAACUGAGUUAUUAUUAGACGCAUCUAACUAUGAUAAAGUCGCAAGUAAUAGUAAAAGUAUUCAUAACAAAUAUAAUAUAAAUUUAACAAAGAUAAUAAAUAAACCAAACAUAAAUAUGAAGGAAAUAAAAAAACAAAUUUUGAUUGAAAAGUUGGACCCAAUGUAUAUUACAGAAGAGAAAUCUUAUGAAAAAGGGUUGUCACAAGAGUUUUGUGAGAGGAUUAAGCUUACACCAGAAUAUUUAAGCUCAUGUAAUUUAAAUUCUUUAUAUUGUGAUAACCAAGAAGAACAGGAAGAAGAAAAAAAACAAAAACAACAACAAGAGCAAGAACAAGAACAAGAAAAACAAGAACGAAAACAAGAUCAAGAUCAAACUAAAUGUCUAAAUCAAGUUCAUGAUAGGAAUAAUGAUCAUUAUUAUUUUAAUGGAGAUUAUUAUGAGAUUCAAGAUAAUUACAAUAAUAAAGAAAUCUUUUGGAAUAAUAAGUUGUUUGAAUUUAAUAACAAUGACACUGUUUUAACAAAAAAAGAAGGGAUAAACGGAGAAAAAGAAAACAAAAAUGUCAAGAAAAUAGCAAGAAUACCAUUAUUAAUAUUAAUUCGUGCUAAUAUGGGAAUAAUAAAGGAUGAGUCAGUAUUAAGUAAUAAUAUAGUUGUGGUACAUUUUGAUUUGAUUCAAGAUCACUAUAAUAUGCCAUAUUUAAUGUAUAAACCAUUAAUAUUAAAGCAAGUAAUGUCAAAUUCCCAUGGUAUUUUAAUUGAGCCAUAUGAUACUUUUGGAUUGGAAGAUGAUGAGUCUGAUUGCUUGAUAUGUAUGUCAAAUCCAAAAGAUGUAAUACUAUUACCAUGCAGACACUGCAUUUCUUGUGAAUCUUGUUUAAGGUCUUUAAGACAGGAUAAAUGUCCAUUGUGUAGAACAAAAUUUUCUGGUUUUGUUGUUUUACCAAUUAAGAAUUCCUGA